AAGUCCGGUUUGCGAGCUGGUCGUCCCGCGGCUCGCGGGCGUAUGGGGCCUGGGACGGUUUCGUCGCCGCGCUCGCUGGGUCCUGCCUGCCCUCCGAGGCCUCUCGCUUUCCGUAGAGGUGACGACGACUCCGCGGGGUUUGUGGAGGCGGCGACUGGGCCGCUGAAGGUGUAGGUGGCGGCCGGGGAAACGGGCCCUCCGCCGCGGAAGGUUCCCGGAGCUACGCUUCUGUUUCGCGGGUUAGCCUCUGACAUAACUCCCGGGUCCAGGAGAAGGGGCCCGUGUCCUCGCCAAAUACCUGCCUCCACAGUACACAUCCCUGGUUCUCUGUAAGCGUAGCCAACUGUCUACCGAUAAACUAGUCCCGGAGACUCACUGGCAUCUCAAAAUGUUCCACAAAGCGGACGUAGCAGAACUCUUUCUAUCCUUGCCUCCAACCGAAUCUUUCGAACUUCGACACUUUUUUGAUUGUUUACGUGUUUGGGUUUUUUGUUGUUGUUUUGAGACUGGGUUUCUCUGUGUAUCCUUGGCUGUCCUGGAAUUCACUCUGUAGACAAGGCUGGCCUCGAACUCACAGAGAUUCUCCUGCCUCUGCCGUUGGCCUCAAAGGCUUGUGCCACCCCUGCUCGGCCAUCCUCUACAACUUCCUCCAAGGCUUUGAGUAUCGUCCCUGAAUGACUUCCUUUGAUGUCCCUACUUGCACUCAUUUUCCUCCCUGCUACUGCAUUCACUCAGCAAAUAACCUUUAAAAAGCACACCACAGACCUUCAGGGACCGAGGCAGAAAAGAAGGAUCAGGAGUUCAAGGUCAUUCUAAUACAUUUCGAGUUUGAGGCCCCUGUGGGCUUCAAGAAGCUCUCCAUCAAAAAAGCAGGCUAUGUUCGUCACUUGGCUUUUUAUUCUUCUGUGUUUUAGACAGGAUAUCAUUCUGAACCCAAGGCUAGCCCUGUGUGAAUCCUCAAUGAUCCUCUUGCCUUCUGAGUACUGGUAUUACAAGAAUGAGUAACCACUCCUUGCUGUUUUUUUGUUUGCUUUGUGUGUAUCCUCCAAGUGUGCAGUGGUGCCAUUGAAGACCAAAAGAUGGCAUUGAAUCCCCUGGAGCUGGAAUUAAAGGCAAUUGAGAACCACCUGAGCUGCUGGAAUCAUGUUAGGUCCUGUUGUGGCCGUGGGUAUGAAUGCUGAAGAGAACAUAAUUUCCAAAAAAAGACGUACAGCACAAUGAAUAAUCCGGCCAUCCAGAAAAUAGAAGACCAGAUUGUCAAGUCUCCUGAAGACAAACGAGAAUAUCGUGGACUAGAGCUGGCCAAUGGCAUCAAAGUGCUUCUCAUCAGUGAUCCGACCACGGACAAGUCAUCAGCAGCUCUCGAUGUGCACAUAGGUUCAUUGUCAGACCCUCCAAAUAUUCCUGGCUUAAGUCAUUUUUGCGAACAUAUGCUGUUUUUGGGAACCAAGAAAUAUCCUAAAGAAAACGAAUACAGCCAGUUUCUCAGUGAACACGCUGGAAGUUCCAAUGCAUUUACUAGUGGAGAACAUACUAAUUACUAUUUUGAUGUUUCCCACGAACAUUUGGAAGGAGCCCUGGACAGGUUUGCCCAGUUUUUCCUGUGCCCCUUGUUUGAUGCAAGCUGUAAAGACAGAGAGGUAAAUGCAGUUGACUCGGAGCAUGAGAAGAAUGUGAUGAACGACGCCUGGAGACUCUUCCAGUUGGAAAAGGCCACAGGGAAUCCCAAACACCCCUUUAGCAAAUUUGGGACAGGAAACAAAUACACUCUAGAGACUCGACCCAACCAAGAAGGCAUCGAUGUAAGGGAAGAGCUCCUGAAAUUUCAUUCUACGUAUUAUUCGUCCAAUCUGAUGGCUGUUUGUGUUUUAGGUCGAGAAACUUUGGAUGACCUGACUAAUCUGGUGGUGAAGUUAUUUUCUGAAGUAGAGAAUAAAAACGUCCCUUUGCCUGAAUUUCCUGAGCACCCUUUCCAAGAAGAACAUCUUAAACAACUUUAUAAAAUAGUACCCAUUAAGGAUAUUAGGAACCUUUACGUGACAUUUCCCAUACCAGACCUUCAGCAGUACUACAAAUCCAAUCCUGGUCAUUAUCUUGGUCAUCUAAUUGGGCAUGAAGGUCCGGGAAGCCUGUUGUCAGAGCUCAAGUCAAAGGGCUGGGUAAACACCCUGGUUGGUGGGCAGAAGGAAGGAGCCCGAGGCUUCAUGUUUUUCAUCAUUAAUGUGGACUUAACUGAAGAAGGGCUGUUAUACGUUGAAGAUAUAAUUUUGCACAUGUUUCAAUACAUUGAGAAGCUACGUGCAGAAGGACCUCAAGAAUGGGUUUUCCAAGAGUGCAAGGACUUGAAUGCUGUUGCUUUCAGGUUUAAAGAUAAAGAGAGACCACGAGGCUAUACAUCAAAGAUUGCUGGAAAGUUGCAUUAUUACCCCCUAGAUGGAGUGCUCACAGCUGAAUAUUUACUGGAAGAAUUUAGACCUGAUUUGAUAGAAAUGGUUCUUGAUAAACUCAGACCAGAAAAUGUCCGGGUGGCAAUAGUUUCCAAAUCAUUUGAAGGGAAAACUGACCGCACAGAGCAGUGGUAUGGAACCCAGUAUACGCAAGAAGCUAUACCAGAGGAAGUCAUUCAGAAGUGGCAAAAUGCCGAGUUGAAUGGGAAAUUUAAACUCCCAACAAAGAAUGAAUUUAUUCCUACAAAUUUUGAGAUUUUGUCAUUAGAAAAAGAUGCAACACCAUACCCUGCUCUUAUUAAGGAUACAGCCAUGAGUAAGCUGUGGUUCAAACAAGACGAUAAAUUUUUCUUGCCGAAAGCUUGUCUCAACUUUGAAUUUUUCAGCCCAUUUGCUUAUGUGGACCCCUUGCACUGUAACAUGGCCUAUUUGUACCUUGAGCUCCUCAAAGACUCACUCAACGAGUAUGCAUAUGCAGCAGAGCUAGCAGGCCUGAGCUAUGACCUCCAAAAUACCAUCUAUGGGAUGUAUCUCUCAGUGAAAGGUUACAAUGACAAACAGCCAAUUUUGCUAAAGAAGAUUACCGAAAAAAUGGCCACUUUUGAGAUUGAUAACAAAAGAUUUGAAAUUAUCAAAGAGGCGUAUAUGCGAUCUCUUAAUAAUUUCCGGGCUGAGCAGCCUCACCAGCAUGCCAUGUACUACCUCCGCUUGCUGAUGACUGAAGUGGCCUGGACUAAAGAUGAGUUAAAGGAAGCCCUGGACGAUGUUACCCUCCCCCGGCUUAAGGCCUUCAUACCUGAGCUACUGUCACGGCUGCACAUUGAAGCCCUUCUCCAUGGAAACAUAACAAAGCAGGCUGCGUUAGGAGUCAUGCAGAUGGUGGAAGACACCCUUAUUGAGCAUGCCCACACCAAGCCUCUCCUUCCGAGUCAGCUCGUCCGGUACAGAGAAGUUCAGCUCCCUGACAGAGGAUGGUUUGUUUAUCAGCAGAGGAACGAAGUUCACAAUAACUGCGGCAUUGAGAUCUACUACCAGACGGACAUGCAGAGCACCUCGGAGAACAUGUUCCUGGAGCUCUUCUGCCAGAUCAUCUCCGAGCCUUGCUUCAACACCCUGCGCACCAAGGAGCAGCUGGGCUACAUUGUCUUCAGUGGGCCUCGUCGAGCCAAUGGGAUCCAGGGCUUGCGCUUCAUCAUCCAGUCAGAGAAACCACCUCAUUACCUGGAAAGCAGAGUAGAAGCCUUCUUGCUCACCAUGGAAAAGGCCAUAGAGGACAUGACAGAGGAGGCUUUCCAAAAGCACAUUCAAGCCCUAGCGAUUCGCCGACUCGACAAACCAAAGAAACUCUCGGCAGAGUGUGCUAAAUACUGGGGGGAGAUCAUCUCGCAGCAGUACAAUUAUGACAGAGAUAACAUAGAAGUUGCAUAUUUAAAGACACUUACCAAGGACGACAUCAUCAAGUUCUACAAGGACAUGUUGGCCGUGGAUGCACCAAGGAGACAUAAAGUAUCCGUCCAUGUGCUUGCCAGGGAAAUGGACUCUUGUCCUGUCGUUGAUGAGCUCCCCUCUCAGAAUGAUAUAAACUUGCCUGAAGCACCGCCCUUGCCACAACCUGAAGUGAUUGAUAACAUGACUGAGUUCAAGCGUGGCCUACCACUGUUUCCCCUCGUGAAACCACACAUUAACUUCAUGGCUGCAAAACUCUGAAGAGCAUGGAUACGUUCCUGUGUCUUCCAGGGACUAGGAAAGCGGUCUCAGCCACUUGAGUAGUUUCCGGCUUGCUAUUAGAGAGACAAGCAGAAAAGAGUUAUCAGGCAUUAUUAUGUAGAAAUGUCAAAAACCCAAAGUAAUAAAAUUAUAAAAUCUUAGAGAUGUAGAAUAUUUUUAAAAUACAUGCCUCUUAAAUAUCCUACUUUUUUUUUUCCUUUUUAUUCCUAAGAGAAAUUCCUUAUAUUAACUGCUUAAUCUGAAGAAGGCUAUCCCAGGAUAUCCUUCUUUAUAAAUAGGAUAUAUUUCUUCUUUAUUCUGUAAAAUAGUCACUUGUCUGAAGAAAAUAAGAGCUUUUUUCUUAAAGGCUUCAAAACAUUAGGAAGAAUUACCUUUUUAAGAACCGAUCUUCAAAUCUGCUUUCUAUUUGAUGGUUUCCUGUAAACUAACAGAAAAAAAAAUUACAUUUGGUAGACAAGGCACAAAGCAAUGUCAUUUUCCUUUAUCUAAGGCAUGGUUUUAAUGUUUUUAUAAAAUUUGGGUAUGUUUUUUAAUCUUCUUAGUCAAAUGCUGGAAACCGCAGAAUACCCAAUCUACAGUGCUAGAAACGCAGAUUAACCUUACAGCAAGUCUGGAAUUUCUCAGGAUUCCUGUUCUCUGUCACUGAAUUCUGUUGACAUUUCUGUUUUUCGUAGUUGGUUUGCAGUGUUCCAUCAGCAGACACGCACUGCUGUGUCUCGUGAGACCUGCCGUGCUGACAUCAGCUGUUGUAACCCCCACAACUCCUAGGGUGAAAUUGUAAUCCGUGUGUGAGCUAAAACGUUUGCCCCGUUAGGGACUUAAAAGACAGCAAACACAAAGCCACCUCUUUGGAGAUACCAAACGGUUGCAUUCUGAAAUAGCCCGUCUCCGUAGGACUCUGACCCCCUGCUGCUCCAGUCUCAUCUUGCCUUAAGUGUUAUUUUUUUGACUAUAUGACUAUAAACAUACAGAUGAUGACUGGAGUGGACUUUUAAAAAUAUUUUUUUCACAAGAUACUAUUUUAGGUGAAAAUUACUGUAGAUUUAACAGCUCUUUUAAAGUAUUUGCUAUUAUUAAUGCUUAAGAACAAGCGUGGCUAUGUUUCCACACACAGGCAAUAGUAGCGGAAAGUGCUCCUGUUUGUCCAUGGCUCAGGCAAAGUGCAGAAUGGUGUUUCCAAGUGACAUUUACUGCCCCGUAGGACUUGAUUUGCCAGGAUUUUCUGCUAUAAAGUCUUGGCUUUUCCCAGCUUGAGUUUUCACAUUUGCCAUUUUCCAAAUACGGUGAACUUGGGCGGCUGUGGACGCUGCUCUCCCGUGGUGCUCCGACCGUCUUUUAUCCUCACAUUGUAAGAGUCUCCCCUUGAGAAGCCUGUCUUUGUCCAUCUCAUCAGAAGGUAUGAGUCACCAGUUCCUUCUCUGAGCAAUUGGCCAGGUGGCCAAGGCUGACUUUGAACUCCUGAUUCUCCUGCCUCCAACUCUCAAGUGCCAGGAUUAGGCGUGUGCCACCCUGCCCAAUGUGACUAUGCAGCUUUUCAUCGAACUGCAGAAUACAUACAAGAAGAAUCUAAAAUUAGUCCUAAGUGUUUGAAUCCAUCAACUGUAAAAGCAAAUAACAGUCUGCUACCUUUUCUGUAAAUGAUUUCAUGCCGUUGAGUAACUUAGCUCUUAAAAUAUAUAUAUAUGGGUACAGUUUAAAGUUUGUCGUUUGUGUGAGAAAAGGCACCUGAAGAGAUUGGAAAACAAUCCCAUGUUGUCUUCCAUGAACCUGCACGUGGUGUUCGGUGAGUUCCAGAGCAUCCUUGUGGCUUCAUCCAGUGGGUCCAGGCUGUGGUCCAUGAACAUUAACAGACUACCCAGAGACUCGAGCUCCGCAAGGGAGAUUUGUGAAAAAGUCAUGAGUUGCCAGAGACUAAAAGGUCGGUGUGUCAGAGCAUGUGACACUGCCAGUACGGUGGGGUCCUCCGGUUAUCCUGUUUACAAUAAAGCUGACCUGGAACUCUG